AUGCCGCAGGUGUACGGUGCCUCGGAGACAGAUGGGGCAGAUCGGCCACAACACGCCGGCCCACGUCACCCGGGAGUGCCGACAGGGAGCGCAACUUGCGGCAAAGCCGAGGGGGGCGAUCCGGACCCCUCCACCCGACGCGAACCAAGCGAAAACGCUCCAGGGGCUGCGGGUGCCGCGCCUGUCACGCGGGAGGAGCAGCAGGCCUUGAGAAAGCAGCGGCGCGAUCGUGCCCGGGAAGCGAAGAUCGCGCAGACUAUGAUGAAGAACAAGUCGUGCCAGCUGCAGCAGCAGAAGCAGAAGCAAGGGGGAGGCGGUGGAAAGAAAAAGAAGCGUCGCUGGGCACCGGGGCAGCGCGGGAUGGGCACGCUAAAGGCUAAAGCUGAGCAAGAGGCCGCGGCGGUGUUUGACCAGUGGCUCGGGGUCAAGCUCGCCGCCUGGAAGGAGGGAAGGGUACCGGCGAAUCCUGAUGGUGGAGGGAGCAGCCUUGCGCGGCCGCCGGAAGAGAGUGGGGUCAUGGAGGAGAUUGACUUCGACCCGUCCCAGGACGAGAUAGCCUUUCCGCCCAGUCUUAGUGCCCAGCAGCGACGCCAGAUCCACGGAUUGGCGAUGGAGCUGGCGCUUUUCCACGCCUCGAGCGGGGCAGACCCAAACAGGCACGUCAUCGUCUCCAGAACAGGGGUAUUUCAGGGGAAGAUACUUACACGCGGCGGGAGCAAAUGGUACAAGCCCGGCGUCGCCGCCCCUGUGGUGAAACGGUUCGCGAUGCAGCCAGGUCAUGAAGCGAUUGCGGAGCCCUAUUUGGUCGCCUUGCGCAGGUGUUGUGAUGGACCGGACCAUGAUGGGAUGGGAUACUUUUAG